CAUGCUCCAUCCUUGAACACACUAUCUUCUCACACCAAAGAUGGCCUUUCAAAGCUUGACCUACCUCGCUGGCGAUUCUGAUGGACGAAUCCAUGUCAAGCACUCCAAGAGAGCUAUUGGAGGUCUUGAAGUCCUUGUUCGAGUCUCCCACUCUGGCGUUUGUGGUACUGAUGUCCACGACAGAACAUCAGGUUGUGGACUUGGACAUGAAGGCGUUGGAAUUGUUGAAAAGAUUGGAGAUUGUGUGACUGCUGUGAAUGUUGGUACGAGAGUUGGCUGGGGCUGGCAGUUUGCGUCAUGUGGCCACUGUCGAGAGUGCGUUUCCGGAUAUCGACAAUAUUGCCCCAAGUCUUGUGGUCAAAAGUAUGGCGAGCUUGAACAGGGCGCAUUCGGAGACUAUGUAAUCAAGCAUCAAGAUUUCGUCUAUCCUAUCCCUGAGAAGAUCCAGUCAAAAUACGCCGGUCCGCUCCAAUGUGCUGGGAUUACAGUGUACGAAGCUUUGGAUGUUGCUGGUGCCAAGCCUUCCGACCGAAUUGGAAUUGUUGGACUUGGUGGUCUUGGUCAUCUCGCAGUACAGUAUGCUCGAGCCUGGGGCUGUGAUCCUGUUGUUUUCUCAAUGAAUUCUGCGAAGAAAGAAGAUGCUUACAAGCUUGGAGCGAAAGAAUUUCACAUUAUGCCUUCCUCUAUAGAGGGUACGUUGAAUGUCAGUGAAGGGGUGAAUGUCCUACUCCUGUGUGGUGGUGCUCUGCCAGACUUGAGAUUAAUUAUGCCGACACUUGCUCGUCGUGCUACGAUUGUGCCCUUGAUUAUUCAAGGGCAGCCAUUGGUCAUACCAUACAUGCCAUUUAUGCUACCUGGUCAUCGUAUAAUUGCUAGCACUGAAGCCUCUAGAAGUAAUCACAUCGCGGCCCUCACCUUCGCGGCGCGACAUGGUAUUCGACCUUGGAUCGAAGAGUUUCCAAUGUCUGCUGCAGGUCUGACAAAAGCCUUGGAUGCACUCAAAGGUGGCAAAAUCCGAUACAGAGCGGUAUUGAGCAUUGAUACUUGUUCAGAUCUUCCAUGAGGCAGCUAGAUUUGAGAUCAAAUGAUCCAGUGAUCGAUAAUGAAACAACUGAUACACUACCUUUGCUCGAAGUUGCUAGCAAUCGUUGGAAACACAUCGCGUUUACGAACAGGUUCCUUCACAAACUGCCUUUCGACGCUCAACAAUUCUUCUCUCUCUUUCACCACUGAGUGUGAAGUCGAACCAAAGUCGUAAAAGUUGUGAAA